CCUGUCUCGUGUUUGUAAAGACAAAAUCAUUGGUCAGUUAGGUACCAAGGUAAUUAAUGAGAUUUACGCCUGAAAUACGAGGCAGAACCACUCAAGGGCAAACGCCUGCACUUGACGCGCGACGCGUCCGCGGGGGUUUCAUCCCCUGUCAGAGGCGACAAGCCAUGGAAUAACAACAAUCGAUUCUCAUCAAAGCAAACGAACUCUAGAAUAGCAAGAACCGACCGCAUCGACGAUCGCCAUUCGACUAGAAAGCAACCGGUUCUGCUCGAGUCUAUUGUCUUGAUUGCUAACAGCCUUCAAAUCUUCGAAAAUGCUUCAACUCUUCCUCUCUUGAAACAUUGAACGCCGCCGGAUACGGAAUCAUGUCUGGAAUACCGGGGCCAUACCCUAUAUCCUCCAAUUCACGAACGAAGCUCAACGCGUUCCGGUACAAUGAGCCGAGAGACGACCAGGCCCAGGAACAAUCACCAACCAAGGCACCUCUCAAGCCCGCUCACGAUAAUAAAGAAAAUCAGAAUUCAUGGGCCAAUGGUGUCGUCGAGCCAACCCAGUUACACUCAGCCAAUGGCAAACAAUCAGCGCGAACAGACGCCAAAUCAAUCAAGGAAUGCCCGCAGACCCCAGCGAGCAACAGAAUUCCUCUCGCCGAUUUAAUAAGCAAUACAGAAGAUGCCUUCAGCCUCGCCCCGGGGCAAGAGUUUACACCUGACGAUCAUGUUAUCUGGCAACAUGUGCCUGCGAGCUCCAACCAGGACCCGACAUCUCAAACACCCGGAACACGCCGCAAAAGGAAGCGUCAUGGUUCGAGCCCAGGUAGCUCUCCUUUGGCAAACGGCUCGAAAGACACUUCAAAGCAAACGUUCGAUCUGCAGACAAUCCAGAGCUUGUUGAAGACCCCACAACAUGACCUCGCGACUGAUCUGUGGAAUAACUAUGUUGGGAAAAGCACAGUCAAUGAGAAUGGGGAACUCCCACCACCACGUUUCGCAAACCUUCUAUCAUCAUCACCACAGACCCCUGGAUCUGCUUUAGCAAGCAGAGACUCGUCAGGACUGCGGAGAUCAAUAAGCUGCAACGCCGAGUGGCCCACAUCGAAGGCAAAGAGGCGAAGGCUUGCCAAAGGAGACAUGGACAGUGGACGAAGUUUAUUUUCUCGCUCAACAAGCAAUGUAUUGGACUCAGGCAGAUCUAAAUCCUCGAAAAUUAACUUCUUACUCGAGAGGAUCGAGAGAAGCCUCCAGAAUCCACAACCGACCGAGGCCGAUGCAUUAUCAAGUCUUUCACCUUUACCAGCGCGAACGAGCCUGGUCCGUAGUCAAUCUAUGUCACCGACAAAGCAAAGAAUGGAGCCUCCAGCGAAACAAGAGGUUUCUGAAAGAGACACGUCCCCCAAGGAGAUCAAGUAUGCCAAGAACGAAACGAAGAUGUGCCCCCAAGAGUCUUCAUCAGAAUUUGGAGAUGAUGACUUGGAUAACGACUUUCUCGAGCUAGCUCAAAGCUCCAUGGACCCUUUCACUGAACUCGAAACGCGGAAUAAUCGAGAGCUUGCAGCAAGCAAAGGGUCCUCGGUUACCUACAGCCACACUUCUCAUUUGAACGGUAGGCUUCUGCAGUCAGGGCAUGAGACGAAGAAGCCAGUGUCUCGAAACGAUAAAAAAACACCCACAAUCAGCUUUAAUGACGACGAGUUUGACGAUGAGUUUUCGGAAAAUCUGGCUGACAUUAUGACCGGGUUUGACGAAAGCCAUGGAUCUCCCAAGCCGAGCAGAGCCAUCACUAGGCCUGCUAUUGGCACUGGCAAGAAUAUGCCAAAUAUUGAUGACUGUAGCACUGCUAUGGCGAAGAAAUCUGAAGAUAACGUCUCCAGUGAUGAGUUUGAUGAUGAUGAUUUCGAUUUGGAGGCAAUUGAGCAGUCUAUGGUGCAGUCGGCUGAAGAGGGUUUGAACAAAAAGCUUAGAAGUCGACAAGCUAUAAAACGUUAUCUCAUUGUUGAUACCAAGGAGAGCAUGUAUGUCACACAUAAGGGACGUACUCAAGCAGAACAGGUGUUGUUCGUCCAGGAAGAGAAGACUAAGCUGCAGAAAGUGAUCAUUCUACGAGAGUCAUGGUUUGACAGCCCGUGCAGUAAAGAUUCGUAUAUCCACUUAAUAGGCGAUUUUGACGCUGCGGGAAAAUGCAUCGUCAGUGACUCCAGCAACAUGAUCAUCCUCCAUCCGGAUCACCUCAUUUCUGCAACUGUCGUGGCGGAUUCGAUCAGCUGCCAGCGGCGAGCUGUUCUCCAGGACCGAAUUAAAGCAAUUGGCGACCUUGGCAAACCACAGGUGUUUGGGAACAUCUUUCAUGAGGUUUUUCAAGAGGCCAUGAAGGCUAACCAGUGGGAUCUCGAUUCGCUGAGGAGUCUGGUCGAAUCAAUCGUUCAAAGGCAUAUCGAGGAUCUAUACGUCAUUCAAAUGACGGUCCCGCAGGCUAUUGAAUAUGUCAUGGACAAAAUCCCAGAGGUGAAGGCAUGGGCAGAUGUAUUUCUCCAAGCCAAACCCACGGCCCGAUCUGUCGUUGAAGAUCGCAAUAACUCUCAGCUCAGUUUGAGUAUCAACAAGUUGCUCGAAGUUGAAGAGCAUAUAUGGUCUCCAAUGUAUGGUUUAAAAGGCAACAUCGAUGCAACUGUCCAGAUCUCCUGUAAAGACGAAGGCGAGGACAAGACGCUCGUUGUUCCUCUGGAAUUGAAAACCGGCAAACGUGAUACGAACCAAGCCCACCGAGCUCAAACAGCUCUUUACACGCUACUCAUGACCGAUCGCUAUGAUGUUGACGUGACUUUCGGCCUUCUUUACUACCUCGAGCUCUCCAAGACCAUUCGCAUCCGCGGAAUCCGACAUGAACUCCUUCAAAUGAUACAAGUACGGAACCGAUUGGCCGGGUAUGUGCGCGAGAGGUUCAAACUUCCACCCAUGAUCAAGAAGCCACGCAUGUGCAACCAAUGUUACGCAAAAACUUCUUGUUUCGUUUACCAUAAGCUGGCAGAUGAUGGCGACGGCGAAACAAGUGGUCUCGGCGAUGACUUCACUAAGAUGGUCGACCAUUUAAAUCCAAAGCACCGCGACUUUUUCCGAAAGUGGGAUGAGCUACUUACCAAGGAGGAGCAAAGUAUGAUGAGAUUCCGAAGAGAGCUAUGGACUUUGGUCAGUAGUGAACGGGAGGCCCUCGGACGAUGUUUUGGUAAUGUUGUGAUCGAGCAAGGCUCAGCACACGAAGACAAGCAUGCGUCUCUUUUGUCGAGUCACAGAUCACGAUAGGAGAGCCGAUUGUUGUUUCUGACGAACAGGGUCAUUUUGCUCUUGCCAAUGGCUACGUCAUGAAAGUCAGCCCUCGGCGCAUCACUGUAGCUGUGGAUAGAAGGCUCCAUGGCUCAAGGACAAGGACAUCAAAAUUCGAUGCGGUGUCCAACCAGUCAUUCAGGGGCAUUAUGGAGAUUGCCAAAGACGACGGUUCCUCCUCCAUCUCACAAGAGGAACCUGACACAGAGGUCAUUUAUCGCCUCGACAAGGACGAGUUCAGUAACGGCAUGGCUACUGUACGGAACAACCUCAUUUGCUUGAUGGAGAAAGAUCUCUUCCAAGCCAAGAGACUGAGAGAUCUGAUCGUUGAGGGGUCUGCCCCUACAUUCAAAACAGCGGUUCCCGCCAAGAUCAUGCAGAGCUCCAUUAAGGAAAGCCUCAAUAUCGACCAGCGACGUGCAAUUGAA